AUGAGGAAUGUAAAGCUGUGUUCCAAAGUACUGCAGAAUGAUGAGUUCACUAAGGAUCUCUUUAGGUUUCUGCAGCUUCUCUGUGAGGGACACAACAAUGAUUUUCAGAACUUCCUGAGGACUCAGACAGGAAACACAACAACAGUUAACAUUAUAAUUAGUACUGUAGACUACCUGCUAAGACUCCAGGAAUCCAUCAGUGAUUUCUACUGGUACUACUCUGGUAAAGAUAUAAUAGAUGAGGCGGGUCAGAGGAACUUCUCUCAAGCACUAGCGGUGGCCAAGCAGGUCUUCAACUCUUUAACUGAGUAUAUACAGGGUCCAUGCAUUGGGAACCAGCAGAGUCUGGCUCACAGCAGGCUGUGGGACGCAGUGGUCGGCUUCCUCCAUGUUUUUGCCAACAUGCAGAUGAAGCUAUCCCAGGACUCCAGUCAGAUUGAAUUAUUGAAGGAGCUACUGGACCUGCAGAAGGACAUGAUCGUCAUGAUGCUCUCGCUACUCGAAGGUAAUGUUGUCAAUGGUACCAUUGGCAAACAAAUGGUGGACACCUUGGUGGAAUCUUCAAGCAACGUGGAGAUGAUCCUCAAGUUUUUCGACAUGUUCCUCAAGUUGAAGGACCUGACUACCUCAGACAGCUUCAAGGAGUACGACCCAGAGAGCAAAGGGGUGAUCUCAAAGAAAGAUUUCCAGAAGUCCAUGGAGAACCAGAAGCAGUACUCGCAGUCUGAGAUCGAGUUUCUCCUCUCGUGCGCUGAGGCUGAUGAGAACGACAUGUUCAACUACGAGCAGUUUGUGGAGAGGUUUCAUGAACCUGCCAAGGACAUUGGCUUUAAUGUAGCUGUGUUACUGACGAAUCUCUCCGAGCACAUGCCUCAUGACGCUCGACUCGCCACAUUCCUCGACCUGGCUGAGAGCGUCCUCAGUUACUUUGAACCUUACUUGGGUCGUAUUGAGAUCAUGGGGGGAGCUAAGCGCAUCGAGAGGGUCUAUUUUGAGAUCAGUGAGUCAAGCCGUACCCAGUGGGAGAAGCCUCAGGUGAAAGAGUCAAAGAGGCAGUUUAUCUUCGAUGUCGUCAACGAAGGCGGGGAGAGCGAGAAGAUGGAGCUGUUUGUCAAGUUCUGCGAGGACACCAUCUUCGAGAUGCAGCUAGCUUCUCAGAUUUCCGAGCCUGACCCGGUGGAGCGUCUAGAGGAAGAUGAGGAGGACAACCAGAGUGUGGUGGAAACCCCCGAGGAGGAAGAGGAGGAGAGUGUGAUGUUGGAGUCUUCCUCCGCGUUUACAAUUGCCUGCAUCUCCAUGAAAAAAAGCCUGUGCCACUUCCGCCAGAUGCUCACUCUCAAGAGCAUGAGGCGGCAGUACAGGAAGUUCAGGAAGAUGAGCAUCCGGGAGAUGGUGCGAGGCUUCUUCUCUUUCUUCUGGAUGAUCAUCACCGGCCUUUUCCACUUUGUCUACAGCCUGGUUUGGGGUUUCUUUCACAUCUUGUGGACCACUAUGUUUGGGGGUGGCCUGGUGGAAGGGGCCAAAAACAUGAAAGUGACUGACAUUUUGGGAAACAUGCCAGACCCCACCCAGUUUGGGAUCCACGGCGAUGUGUUAGAGAUGGAGAAGAUGGAGGCGAGUGAAGCGUCGGCGCUGGCAGAGAUGGGUCAGAUGUCUCAGGGAGAGGCAGGAGAGGCAGACCUGAUGGCUGAGCUGCUGAACAUACAGCCCAAGAAGGAGGGGAAGCACGGGGCCGAGCCCGGUUUGGGGGACGUGUCUGAGGUGGUGGUGGGAGAUGCUCCAUCCAUAGCCAGUGCUGUCAGGCAGAAGAAAGCACAGUUGGCUGCAAAGAAGGUGACUGUUAAUGGAGACUACACAUCUGAUUCAGAGAAAGGAGAUUCAGAGGAUGGUGAGAAAAAGGACCAUGAUAAGUCUAAAGACGAACCCCCUCCGGACCCCCCAGUGCUGAAGAAAGUCCCCAAGAAGAGGAUCGAUGUGAAGAAAGAACUACCAGAGGCCUUCAUGGCCAGCUUCUUCGCUGGCCUGGAAAUCUACCAAACCAAGAUGCUGAACUACCUGGCAAGAAACUUUUACAACCUCCGUUUCCUGGCACUUUUUGUUGCCUUUGCUAUCAACUUCAUUCUGCUCUUCUACAAAGUGACCGGUGAUUACGCAGACGAUGAAGAUCCUUGGAAUGGUCAGGGUAGAACAGGGGAGGAGGAAGACGAGGGGGCCCUGGAGUAUUUCGUGCUGCAGGAGAGCACAGGCUACAUGGCGCCAACGCUCCGCUGUCUGGCUAUCCUGCACACCAUCAUCUCUUUCCUGUGUGUCGUGGGAUACUACUACUUGAAGCUGUAUGGAUAA